CUACCUAACAGUCGAGUUCUUACCAGCUUAAUCGACCUUUUGCACGAUCGCACACAGAAACUGAAGCCUCUGCUGACGGGAAGAGAAGCUAAGAUUGGAUACAGUUCCACUCGUCACCCCGCCCCGCUGCAUUUUACCAAGCACUAUCAACAUGAGCUUUCUCUUUGGCACGAGAAAAACCCCCGCUGAACGAUUGCGGGAAAAUAAGAGGAUGCUAGAUAAGUCAAUAAGGGAAAUAGAAAGAGAAAGACAAGGUUUACAGGCGCAAGAGAAAAAGCUGAUUACAGAGAUUAAGAAAAAUGCUAAACAAGGGCAGAUGGGAGCUGUUAGAGUGAUGGCUAAAGAUCUUAUUAGAACACGACAUCAGAUUGAAAAGUUUUAUAAGCUUAAAUCACAGUUACAGGGUGUGGCUCUGAGAAUUCAGACAUUGAAAUCUACUCAAGCAAUGGGUGAGGCCAUGAAAGGUGUCACAAAGGCAAUGGGUCAGAUGAACAGGCAGAUGAACUUGCCAUCUCUGCAGAGGAUAAUGCAGGAAUUUGAGAGGCAGAAUGAGAAGAUGGAAUUGGUGAGUGAGGUAAUGGGAGAUGCUAUAGAUGAUGCAUUAGAAGCGGAGGAAGAAGAGCAAGAGACAGAAGAGCUCGUGAAUCAAGUGCUUGAUGAGAUUGGAAUAAACAUCAAUCAAGAGCUAGUUAAUGCACCCUCGGCUGCUGUCAGCACUACAGCUGCAAAGAACAAGGUUGCCGAAGCUGAAUUGACUGGAAAUGCAGAUGCUGGAAUUGAUGAUGAUUUGCAGGCUAGAUUGGAUAAUUUGAGAAGGAUGUGAAUAUGGAAAAGACAACAAAGAAAGUUUUUAUAUUGAGAAGGAUAAGUACAUGACUCGUGUGAUGUUUGAAAUUUACCUGUUGGCAUGGUCUGUGAUAAGGGAACAGCGGAAAGGACUUUUUGUAGAUAUCCUGUUUGAUUUUUUGAAUAGAGAUUUUCAUUUCAUCUCUUUUCUGCAUCUAUUUUGUA